AUGGACGAGAUUACGGUCCAGUCGACCGGGCAGGGCCAAGUGCAAGUGUACUUCACCACCACAUCUCCUGACAUAGAGCUUCCAGAGGAGAAACGUCAGCUGCGUGUUCCUACUUCCGUUCGAAGAUAUGGCCUCUCGCAAAUCCUCAAUUCGGAGUCUAUGCUCGAUACUUCUGCGCCCAUUCCAUUCGAUUUUUUAAUUAACGGCACGUUCCUCCGCACUACUCUCGACGAGUACCUGAUUGCACAAGGACUUUCCGCCGAAACUACCUUGACUUUGCAGUAUGUGCGAAGUUUAAUACCACCGCUCUACGAAGCCAGCUUUGAACACGAUGACUGGGUCAGUUGCGUGGACGUCCUCUCGGCAAGCUCGAUAGCGGGGACUUGGAAUGGCAACGAAGUGUCUGCGGGACAGGAGCGCGUACUAUCCGGCUCAUAUGACGGGUUAUUGCGAAUUUGGAAUAAAUCUGGACAGACAAUUGCGACUUCAACCUCGGCAAGUGGUGGUGGACAUACAUCGAGUAUCAAAUCGGCAAAAUUCGUUUCUCCUACGCAAAUUGCAUCUUCGGGUCUGGACCGCACGAUUCGGGUAUGGAAGUACGCGGAAGCUGCAGAUGGGUUUUCUGGUGAGCUCAGGCCAAGUCUAGAGCUUUAUGGACACAAGGGAAGCAUAGACUCAAUCGAUGUCCACGGCCCGUCACACCGUGUCCUUUCCGCAUCGUCGGACGGUACCGUUGGCUUGUGGACAACGCAAAAAUCCCUAGCACCAGCUGCUUCGUCUUCUCUUAUCAUGUCUGCUCCAAUCGCGAAACGAAGGAAACUUACGACCCAGACCUCAACCCCGCAGCGGGGUCCCUUAUCCCUUAUUUCCUCCCAUACAGCGCCAGUCACGGCCGCAAUCUUCAACCCUCUAGAUUCAACUGUGGCAUAUUCAGCAUCCCAAGAUCAUACCAUCCGUACAAUCGACCUUACGACAUCGGCCGUGGUCGAUACCCGGACAACGUCGCAUCCGCUACUGUCUCUCACUGCGCUACCUGGCAUAAGCACCCAAUUACUCGCCGCAGGCACAAGCGCCCGGCAUAUCACUCUUUUAGAUCCUCGAAUAUCCGCAUUAUCGACACAAAUCUUAACACUCCGUGGACACACGAACAAAAUUGUAUCAUUAUCUCCAGAUCCAGAAAGCAAUUACGGACUUGUAUCAGGAAGUCAUGACGGCACGUGCCGCGUUUGGGAUCUGAGGAGUACAAGACAAGGCACGAAGGAUGAAGGAGGCGGAUUGGUUGGCGAGGCCGUCUAUGUAGUUGAGAGAGAAACUGAAAAAGGAGGGUCAAGACGGCCGGUGGCCGGAGAAGGUAUUAAGGUAUUCGGAGUUGCUUGGGAUAAGGAGGUUGGAAUCGUCAGCGGAGGGGAAGAUAAGAGGGUACAAAUAAAUAUGGGGAGAGGAGUGACUCGGGCUGAUAGUUCGUAG